UCUCCCGCGCUCCAACCGGGACUGGGACGGGGCCCCCCGCGCCGGCAGCCCGACAACUCCGGACGGAGUUCACGCCCCCUCGCACUCGCGCUCGCGCUCACGCUCACACUCACACUCACAUACAGGCGCCCACACUUACAUUGCCAUUCGCCACGCGCGCUCCCACCCAUUCACGUGCGCUCACACUCGUGCACUCACAAGCCUAGUUUCACCCGCUGACACUCACACGCUCACACCCCUGCUCAGGCCCGCUUACCCUGCAGGGGCGCAGGCACAGUCAGCGAGAGCUCAGAGAGGACCCACGGCUUCUCCAUGGCUGAUCUGAGCUUCAUCGAAGAUACCGUCGCUUUCCCGGAGAAGGAAGAGGAUGAAGAGGAAGAGGAAGAGGGUGUCGAGUGGGGCUACGAAGAAGGUGUUGAAUGGGGCUUGGUGUUUCCUGAUGCUAAUGGGGAAUACCAGUCUCCCAUUAACCUGAAUUCGAGAGAAGCUCGAUAUGACCCCUCACUUCUGGAUGUCCGCCUCUCGCCCAAUUAUGUGGUCUGCCGAGACUGUGAAGUCACCAACGAUGGACAUACCAUUCAGGUUAUCCUGAAGUCAAAAUCAGUUCUAUCAGGAGGUCCAUUGCCUCAAGGGCAUGAAUUUGAACUGUAUGAAGUUAGAUUUCAUUGGGGAAGAGAAAACCAGCGUGGUUCUGAGCACACAGUUAAUUUCAAAGCUUUUCCCAUGGAGUUGCAUCUGAUCCACUGGAACUCCACCCUGUUUGGCAGUAUUGAUGAAGCUGUGGGAAAGCCACAUGGAAUCGCCAUCAUUGCUUUGUUUGUUCAGAUAGGAAAAGAACAUGUAGGCCUAAAGGCUGUGACUGAAAUCCUUCAGGAUAUUCAGUAUAAGGGGAAGUCCAAAAUAAUACCCUGCUUUAAUCCUAACACUUUAUUACCAGACCCUCUGCUGCGCGAUUACUGGGUGUACGAAGGCUCUCUUACUAUUCCCCCUUGCAGUGAAGGUGUUACUUGGAUAUUAUUCCGAUACCCUUUAACUAUAUCCCAACUACAGAUUGAAGAAUUUCGAAGGCUGAGGACACAUGUUAAGGGGGCAGAACUUGUGGAAGGCUGUGAUGGGAUUUUGGGAGAUAAUUUUAGACCCACUCAGCCACUUAGUGACAGAGUCAUCAGAGCUGCGUUUCAAUAGCCUGAAAGAACAGGAACAGCCCGCCUUCCCCCGGGAGGAAGACAGUGGUCGUAUAGUGCCCUUGGAUGAGAAAUGGAUACUUUUGAGCUGCAGCUUCGGUUUUUCCUGAAAGCCUGCAUUGUUUAUCUUCAUCUAACCCAGCUUUGAUGGACAUCUCUGGCAGUUGCCUGUACAAUGCUCUAAUGAAAUAUUAGAAAUGGCUGUACAUUCAGGAGAAACUCCAUAUCAUAUAUCCACAUCACUGCUGGUAGUAUUCAUAUUUUUGCACAUACUGUUUAUUGCUUAUAUGUAGAAGAAAUGAAACUAGUUUUCCGAGUUGUUAGUAAUAUGAAUAUAUAUCAUGUAGUAAUGUCGAGACAGGAAAAAUACAUUUCCAGCAUUAGCAGUCCUUCAUUUCCUGUCUCCAACAGAAAAUUCACUCCUUUGAAGAAUAAUGUAAUUCCUGAUAAUAAAAUAAGAGUUUUGAUCAAGAACAGCAUACAGCUUUAAAGUGGAAUGUUAAGGAUUAGUAAAAAUCAUAUCUCAUGUUAUUUUUCAGCCCUCAUACCACAAUUGAUGUCAGGCUGGUUUGUUAUUAUGGAAAACAGUUGGGAAGUUAAUGCAAAAACAUAAUACUCACUUUAUAUAUUACUUUCUUAGUAAAAGGAUUUAUUUGAAGAUAUGAAUCUAAUAAUUUAUUUGAUAUAUUAGAAGCUGCGGUUUCUAGGACAUGAUAGAAACAUAAAUUUAAUAGUACCCCUGCAAUAAUUUAGUGUUGUGCAUUUUGUAAAACUUCAAAAUAUUUUAUUCUGUGGAUUUCAUGUUUUCAGUAUAUUGAGAUGUUUCUUUCCAAGAUGACCAAAAAUAUCUUUAUUUUAAUUAAUUUUAAGUGCUACUGACAAAUUCAAGCAUAUGCUUAUAUAUGGUUCAGUGUGACAGAAUGAGAUAAUUUAUGUAAAACAGUAGAGUGCUUGGUACAAAACAGGUACUUAAUAAAUCUUGGUUAUUAUAAUUGUUGUAAAACCGAUAACUUCAAUAACAUAGUCCCGAUUUAGAGGGGUUUUUGUGAUGCAAAAUAUCUAAGUUACAAAUAGGAAUGAUAAAGGUGGAACAGGCAUGCACUGAGAUUUUAGAGAUGUUGGGUAGAGGUUGUAAUAAUGACAACAUUAAAUUCAGAUAAGAACCGCACCAAGUGCCCCUGAAAACAGAAGUGUGGCAGGUUCGCGGUGGAGCCUGCGGCAGGGAGAGGAAGUCUGAGGGCUGCAGCAGAGCGAGGGGAAGCAGGCACUUGUGAAAGGCCGGGUCCCUGGCUGCUGGGACCACGUCAGGGCAGCGUCAGGCAGCGCCCUGGAGAGGCAGAGGCAAGCCCUGUGCUCUUCCUUCCACUGUUUCCCGUAUGUCUACAGACAUGAAAAAAUGGCAAAGUGUGGUUACAAAAACUGUGGCAUAUGUAAACAUUUACAUGUUACAGACAAAACUGAUAAACCACUCGUUUAGCACUGACUGCAGGUAUAGCCUCAUGUGUAGUCCACAUCAAAAGGCCAACUCGAGCCCCUCAUAAAGAGGAGGCCAAAUGGCGCCGUCCGCCUCCUUGGGCUGACCCUGUGUUCAGGCUCCGACCCCAAAUGGCUCACAGGUACCCGGCUUCUCUGCUCCUGAGCAGCCAGGGGCUGUACCUGGGCCUAACGUCUGAUGCUUCUUGUA